GAUUUCUCUGGCAGUGUUUCAGGGGUUUCGAUCAGCAUGACUGAGGUAAAUAAAUGACUUCUGCCUUGGGCGACAGAAAGACAAGACAGAAAAUCUUGUCUGAUUUUCUUCUUUAAACAGUGUCCAAACAUUGCGUCAUUGAGAUGCUGUCAGGCAUACCUAAUACAUACACACUGCAGUAUACACACACAUCCCCAUGUUUACUUGGCCGGGAAUGGGGAAGGCUCAAGACUGCUGUGGCUGUGAUAGGAACCUUUCAUGUGAAAAAAUAAGUUACUAUGUUGGACUGAUUAAAGGGGUGUAUUCCAUUGUUUGCUAUGCCAAUCAAUGCCCUUCCCAUGCCGUGCUACAGUUGUGCCUCCUGUGUGCACUAAUUCAUUCCAGUUCUAUGUGGCAUGUCUGGACCAAUCCAACAUUUCUCUAAAACAAACACAGCAUCAAUAUUGAGCUGUGUUUUAAAUGGCCUACAGCAACACUUCUGAGCUCUGUCAGAAGUCAGUGCAGUCUCAUGCUGAGGCUUUUUCCUGGACAGUGAUGAAAACUAAAACCUUAAAGGGGUCUUUUGCGAAACUCAACAGGUUUCGGGUGGAAAGUGUUAUUAAAACAUACUUGUAUGCUGCACACUAGUCUAGCCUAAUAUGGUUAUGUUAGCAAAAUCCCUCAGUGCUGACAGACAAAGCAACUGAGAAGACACAUUUACUGCAGUGAUGUUAGUAUGUUUAGAGUGUCUACAACAGCUAGGUGCCAGUGACUUGCAGACAGACUGACUGGCUCGGUUUGGCUGUCUUUCUGUGGCCUCUCUGUGUCCCCACUCUGUAAAUGAACUGUGCUUAGGCUCAUAUGGAGAUAAACUGCAUAACAGAGUCUUUCCAGCACUUACAAAGAACAAUACAGUUGCUUCUCAAGUGUGUAGAUGACAGUUUGGUCUUGAGAAGAGUUGUUGCGUAGCCUAGAUGGGUGUACCCCUAUAUCCUCAGGCCAUGAGGAUACAAGUGGGUGCACUUACAAAUGUCAGUCACUGUUUUCAUGCCCUAUAUUGCUCCCAUCUGCCUCCCUCAGGAUGGUAUUAGCUUACACGCACACAUUUGUUCAUACAUGCAGGCACUCAUACAGAUUCUGAGUGGCUUUCCGGCGUCAUGACCUGUUCUGUGUGAGUAGAGUUACUGGUUUUGUUGUCAAUUAUCGGCAAAACUACCUGCAUGUUUAUCUUCAUCCAACCGUCUCAGUUACAUGGUCUGUUCUCUCUUUUACAUAUUCCCUGGCUUUGUUUUCAGCUCAUGUUUUUUAAUUGCCAUUUUCUCUGUUGACGAGUUAAACCAUAGAUCAAGUAUCACUCCUUGCGGCUUCCUCCCAGCUUUCCAUUAACCCUUGUGUGUGACAGGAGACCUGAGCUGGCUCUGUGACAACUGCAUGUGGUUGUGAGGAGCUGUGAACCUUGUCUUCUAUUGUUGAAGACCAACAGUAAACAUAAAGUUGCAGAAAAGCACAAAGUGAAAACACUACAAGAUGACUCCACACAGUAUGAAGAAAGAGGACUCUGGCAAUCAGACCUGGAAUGAGGUUGGGGCUAUGUUCUGCUUGUCUGGCAGUAAUUAUGGAGGCAAAGGGAAGAAGUUUAUGGCUCUAUUCCAUCCGGAGGUCACACUGUUUGGACUGAUUUUGUUGGCCAUCCUCCCUGUUGGAGCAAGCAUCAAACAGAGUGUCCCCAGGGUCAAACUCAGCCAUAGAGAACUGCUGAAGGUGGGCAGUGUAUCUCUGUUUUUGAGCCCCUCCAAUGGCCUUCAUUCGCAGUCGCUGUUGUUGGAUGAAGAGAGGGGUCGUCUUCUGUUGGGAGCCAGGGACCACAUCUACUUGCUUGACCCUGACAAUCUGGCUGAAUCCCCUACAAAGAUUCACUGGCCUGCUCUGAAGGAAAACGUGGAAAUGUGCAAACUGGCUGGCAAAAAUGAAAAUCUGGAAUGUGCAAAUUUUAUCAGGGUCCUUCACAAUUACAACCGAACACAUGUCUAUGCCUGUGGGACAGGGGCCUUCCACCCCACUUGUGCAUUCAUUGAAAUCACUGGCCACAAAAAGGAUGGCGUUUUGAAGCUGCUGUCUAAUACAGAGGAGUCUGGCAGGUUGAAAUGUCCUUUUGAUCCCUUGCAGCCAUUUACAUCAGUCCUCACAGAUCAGUACCUGUAUGCGGGCACAUCUUCAGACUUCCUGGGCAAAGAUACAACGUUCACACGCUCCCUAGGCCCUCCUCCUGACCAACACUACAUACGCACAGACAUCUCUGAAGACUACUGGAUCAAUGAGGCCAGGUUUAUAGCUGCCCAUCCCAUUGCAGACACCUACAAUCCAGAUGAUGAUAAAGUAUACUUUUUCUUCCGCGAGGUCUCCUGGGAAGGCAACGACAAAAGCAUCCUCUCCCGAGUGGCUCGUGUGUGCAAGAAUGAUGUGGGUGGGCUGAGGAGUCUGACCAAUAAAUGGACAACCUUCCUCAAAGCCAGACUUGUGUGUUCCAUCCCUGGGCCAGAUGGCGUGGACACACACUUUGAUCAGCUCCAGGAUGUCUUUCUACUCCCAACCAGAGAUGACAAAAACCCCAUAGUGUAUGCAGUCUUCACAACCUCUAGUUCCAUUUUCCGUGGCUCAGCAGUGUGUGUUUAUAGCAUGGCAGACAUAAGGGCUGUGUUUAAUGGACCUUAUGCCCACAAGGAGGGGCCUGACCACCGCUGGGUAGAAUAUGAGGGGAGGAUACCAUAUCCCCGUCCUGGAACGUGCCCAAGCAAAACAUAUGAUCCAAGGAUCAAGACCACUAAAGACUUCCCGGAUGAAGUUGUCAGAUUUAUUCGAUUCCACCCUCUGAUGUAUCGCUCUGUCUACCCUCUCACUGGUCGUCCUGUGUUCACACGUGUGAAAGUUGACUACACCUUGACUCACAUUGUGGUGGACAGAGUUUUGGCAGAUGAUGGCCAGUAUGAGGUUAUGUUCCUGGGAACAGAUGUUGGCUCCAUUCUUAAGGUAGUGAGCAUCACUCAAGAAAACUGGUCAACAGAGGAAGUGGUUCUUGAAGAGCUUCAAGUGUUCCAGAAUCCCUCUCCUAUCCUUAGUUUGGAGAUCUCGUCUAAACAGCAACAGCUCUACGUGGGUUCAAGUGAGGGUCUAGCCCAGGUUUCACUCAGCAGAUGCCACCUAUAUGGCCAGGCUUGUGCUGAAUGCUGCCUGGCACGAGAUCCCUACUGUGCCUGGGAUGGACACACAUGCGCACGAUACAUCCCUGCCUCUAAGAGGCGAGCUAGAAGACAGGACAUCAAGAAUGGAGACCCUGCCAUGCAGUGCUGGGACACAGAAGACAGUCUUGGUACUGGGAGUGUGGAGGAGAAAAUUCUCUUUGGGGUGCAGAGCAACUCCACAUUUCUCGAGUGUAUCCCCAAAUCUCAGCAGGCCCGGAUUCGAUGGUACAUGCAAAGACUGGAAUCUGAACGCAGAGAGGAGGUCAGAUUUGAUGAUCGAGUAAUUCACACGGAAAGAGGUCUCCUAAUUCGCUCCCUUCAUGCUUCUGAUGCCGGUGUGUAUAUCUGUGUAGCUCAAGAGCACACACACUUCACUCAUACUCUCCUCCGUGUCACUCUACAAGUUGUUACAAAUGGACAGCUAGACAGAAAAGCCAAGCCGAGUGACGACUCUGCCGGGGGGCUACACCAUGGAACAGAGGCACGUCAGCGAUAUAAAGACUACCUGAGAGCGAUGAGCUCCCCCUUCAGCUCUCUAGAAGAGUACUGCGAUGCACUGUGGCUGGAUAAGAGGCCAUUGAGGGUUCGAGGGCGAGGCUUAGGAAAUGGCAAAUGGAAACACAUCCAGGAAAUGAAGAAAAGCCGGAACAGGAGACACCACAGAGAGAAUGUGGAAAAGAAAGAACAACAGAAGCAAGGGAGGGUAGUGAGGACAGCAGAACAAUAGACGACAGGAUAUAGAAACAUUAAGGAUGUUUAUAUUAACUGGUUUAAGGAUCAAGCUAAUGUGACUCAGAACUGUGAAACUGCAGUGUCAGAUGAGCAAGUAAACUUUAACUCUUAAAGUGACAUGAAAGACGAUCAGUGAAAUAUGCAGUGCAAAAAUGCAAUAUACUUAGCAAACAACUUGAAGUAGUAGAGGUAUGUUACAGGAAAACGCACAGUUAACUUUGUAAAUAAAUUAUCCAUUGAUAUCACUCAAGCCUCCGUAGUUUGACAGACUGCUGUUGCUCGUUUUACUCCAAAGUUUCAUAGGGCCAAUAUUCCAUUUGGUCAUUACUUUCAUUAUGUAUGACUGUAAAUAUUGAUAUGACAUGUACAGGAGACAUAGCAUGCUAAGUUUAGUCUUAUUACUGACCUAUAACAGUAAUCAUUUAUGAUGUUAUUCUAAAAAAAAAUGACAUAUUUUUGUACAAUCCAUUUACUCUUGUGUACUGUAGGUGCAAUAGAGGGUUUUUUAUUAUAACUGUUUGUGAACGUUAUUUAAAUAAAUGUGUCUUGGAGCCUC